AUGGCGACCGUAGAAUCGCCUCUGAACACCGUACAUCAAGCUUACCGCAGACUCACCCAUCCAGAACUUGUUCUUUUCCUCAAGCUACGAAAUUUGCCCGCUUCUGGCUCUGACGAUGAGCUCGCCUCUCGCCUCACCAACCACGAUUUUCAUUUGUACCACUUUCCAAAUGCCUCUGGAAUCGUAUCUUCGUCGUCCAGCUCGGCGUCCUUGCUAUUUCCCCAUCCAUCGAAAAGGCAUCGUCCGUCUGGGAUACCAGACCUUCCAGUAGAAAUUUUGGCCGACAUUAUGGACCAUGUCGGUGACUGGGAGCUUUCUAGAGCUGUCGGGGUGCCCACGUCCAUUCCACGGCCGUUGGAGUGGUCUCGAGCGUCGUGCACUGACCAUGCCAUGAUAACCGGCUCUCUUCGUCUCAUCCGGGCCGUCGACCCCACUGUCAAUCCUCCAACCAAGAUUGGUGCUGACCUCGCUGUGCGAUUUGGCUACGUCCGUGUCCUCGAAUUCUUCCUGUCUCACCACCAUGGCAUCUUUCUCUCCAUCUUCAAAGGUGACCUCAUCCCGGUCAAGGCAUCACGUCAUGGUCGAAUCAACAUCCUCUCCUGGUGGAAACAUGGCUUUGAGCAUCACCCUGAUCUUAUUGGUGGAUGCGUUGCGGCCAACGCUAUGGAGUAUACCGAGGCCGCACUGGAGUAUGCCAGUGCAAAGAAUCAGAUUGCGGUGCUUCAGUGGUGGAAGGAGCAGCAUGAGCGCCAUGGGCUCCCUCUCAAAAUCGGCCGUGUCAUGGAUAUGGCGAGCACGGCUGGACAUGUAGAAGUCCUGGAGUGGUGGGCUACAUCUCAGCUGGAUCCCAAAUAUGAUAAACACGCUCUUCAACAUGCUAGCUGUCAUGGGAAGGUCGAAGUGCUGCAGUGGUGGCUCGGAAGUGGCUUGCCAUUAAUAUUCGACCAAGAUGCGCUUACAGGAGCUACACGUCACAACAGACCCGACGUUUUAGAGUGGUGGGACAAGUCGGGUCUUCCCAUCCAGUAUCGCAUGUGUGAUAUUGAGGAGGCCUUGGAAGAUGCUAUCGGAGGUGGAGAGAACGCAAGGCAGUGGUGGAAGCAUAAAGGUGUCGAUUUCAACGCCAACGACAAAGAGUGGAUGAAGCUGCAAAACCUCAAUUCCUAA